UAUAAUCAUGACCAAAGACCCGAGAAGACGGCACCUUGGGCUGACUGUCAGCCAACAUGCCUGGUCAGCCUCCAGGUUCGUAGUUAUGACCGCCUCAGCCCGUCGCUCUCGUUCCCUCGUGCCCCUCUCUCCGCUUCCUGUCUCUGUGUUCUCGGUUGCUUGGUCGCUCUCUUUGCUUUGCAGUCACUCGUUUAUCUUGCUAUCGACUACGCUCUGCUUGUCUAUUCGUCAACAUGCCUCUCAAGACCCCGAUGAAUCCAGCCCUGAAGAGGACCUGCAAGCCUCCCGACACAGCUUCCAUCAGGCUCGCUAGCACUGGGGUACGCACAAGCAAUGGUACCCAACCGUUACAAAUCGAAGCACACGAGUCACACCGUCCUUCCGGAGGUACCCAGGAGCGGGCUCAGUUCCCGGAGAAGGCACCAGGUCACGGGUUGAAUACGAACAACAGACAGCCUUCCCAUGGCGAUGCGUCCUCCGUCGCUCCACCGGCGUGUCCAAGGUACCUUAGGCCCACGAAUGCCUCCCUGUUGCGUAGCGGGGCAGCCCCAGAGGAGAUCAAUAGCCGUACUCGUAUGCGAUCCGUAAUUGCGCCUGCUCUCAUUCAGAAGAACUCGACAGUCGCCUUCGGCUCUACGAUCCAUACAAGCACAGUGGAGGCCCGUCGCAAGAAGGCAGAUGCGCAAGUACCUCACUCAAACACCCGUGGUGGUACCAAGGACAUCAAGAUUGCACCUCUUUCCAGCAGUCGCCGCGUCAGUCCUACGAGACCGGCACCUCCUCUGCGCCCACGCCCUACGCCCGCGACAGUUGCUAAGACCGCACAGCGCACCCCAGCACGGAAUGGCUCGACGACCUACCCUGUCGCCCCAAAGACACCAACGUCGAAGAGCAUUACUCCUACCUUCGGCGCGGAGAUCGGGAGACAUGCUCGCUCGCGCAACAUCGGCGGUGCUACGAAGCGCACCACGGCUCCGCCACCAACCAAGCUACCCGCUCCUACGCGUCAACCUCUCCGGAACAGGACCGCUGUUCCUUCAAGUUCGACCGUUCGAGGCUCUGUCGUCAAGCAAGAUGGCCUUUCUCAGCCUGGCAACGUAUCAGGACGCAAGUUCAUUCCUGGUAUGCGUGCGACGUCCCGAUCGGUCACGGCCAGGGAGAAGGCACCGGUCCCUGUGGCCAGUCUCCCAUCUGGCAAGCGAAGCGCAUCGACAGUACAAGACGUGGUUGCUAAGUCAAACAAAGAAGCCCAGGCAGAUGGAAACAUUCCUAUUGACGCGAAAGAAGCCACCACUCCGUCGCACCAGGAGAAGUCAUGCGCGCUGCAUGCCAAGAUUGAUCAAGACGACGUUGCUGGGCUCGUUCUGCCCACCGUUGAAGCUAUCAAACCUGAGGUCGCUUUGAUUGGUGGACACGAGCUCGCCGCAUCUAUCACUCAAGAUACUACUGUUGGUCAAGAUGGUCAACCCACCUCGCCCAGCUCCGAGGUGGAUGCGGACGAAGGUGGUGUGCCAGCUCACGAUGAUGAUCGCUUCGAAGUUGCGCCAGAGGACAAGCAUGAGGUCGCCAUGACUUUGGAAGAGAGCGUCAGCCAACCUGGGCCCUCUGAUGUCGAUGUGCUCUCCGACGCGACCGCCCUCGAAGUCGAUGUAGGCAAGCUGGACAGCUCGAUCGCCGAGGCGCAGCAAUUUAAACGAAAACAUGAUAAUGAAGAUAUGACUACGACCCCGAGUCCGUCUGACAAGCACGAGGAAGUUGCGAAUGUGCCUAUCAUUCCGACCACGUCGAAGACCGAGUCAAUCCCUGAAGUCUCGUUCGACAGCCCUGUCGCAGACAACGCCGAUCCCUGCACGGUCCCCCUUCCUACAGAUGACGAUGAAAUCGACACCGUGGAUGAAGUACCCAUCGUUUGCAUCGCUCUGCCAGCAGACUCCCCCACAGGACUCGAGGUAAUCUCUUCCGGCACUGAGACUCCCGCUUCAACGAUCUAUAGCGCGGACGUCAGCGACUUCGAUUCCGGGAACUCGCAAGACAAGCAGACAACGAGUCUCACCGAAGAUACCGAAGGGCUUGCUACGGAAGCCGGGGAUAUACCCUCUGACCUGGAGGUACCUGCUGGGGAAGCCAGCCAAGCGAGGCCAGCGAGAUUGGCUGUAUCCGAUACGAUCCUCAGCAUCAAUGGCCUCCACGAGGAGCAGGUUGGCGCAUCCAUUGAGAUCGUGGACAGUGCCGGUUUGCCCGCUGUCGACGCUGUCCAUGAACUUGGGCAGAACUACUGGAAGUCAAUCUUCGACGUUAGUGAAGAUGAAUCAUCGUUCGUGGGUGGUAGCCACACGGAUGACAGCAUGGACGAGGAAGCUCUCGAGAAGAUUAGGGAAGAGCUCUCUCGUCCUAUGCCCGAGCCUCCUAUUCCGAAGUUCGCCGACUGGGUAGAUCCCGUCCUUGCUAUGACCGCUGUCGGCGUGAUUCCCAAGGAUCUUGGGGAGUUCUCGGGCCCUCACGGCUCCGAACAAGGCCCUGUCCAGCCGACGGGAGUAUACGUGCCUCACCCGGUCGCCGCCGCACUUGCACUCAAGGACAGCAAGACAGGACGCAUGGGUAGUGGUUUCCUUGGCAUGUUUAUGGGCCGGACGUCGUCUGCUUCGAGCAUGUCCUCGGCAGCCUCGCGGCCCAGCACGCCUCCACUUCCGCCAUCGCCACCCGUUGAUACUCCUCAACUCAUCGACGGCUCUGCCUCUCCGGACUCCCCUUCUUCGCCUUUUCCGCGAAGCGUAUCGCCAGAGAGCAUCCCCUUUCCGGUCACACCCCCUGCCUCCGACACCGUCACCGCGCCUGCCGUGCCUAGACCUAGCAAGCUUAAGUCCUUGCGCCGCUUGUUCGGGGUUGCCAACUAAGCGCGUCGCGUUGACGUAGGGGCGCGAUCGGCGAGCAGAGGAUGCUGGUCUGCGCUGGAGACAAGGGCGACGUGUGGCUGAGGAGAGAAGAGAGCGCGGAAUUUGCCGCAAUACUGACUG